ACUCAACGCGCUCCAAUCGCGCGUUUAUAUCGCAUCGUCUUUUCGCAGCCCAAAGUCCCACACGCACUCAAAUUCACGCUUGUUGUCCUCUUGCAGGGUGCGCAUCCUACACAGCACCAAACGCUAGUCGCAACUGUGUUCGCCACUGUCCCUUGGUCAAAGACUCAAACCUAGAACCCUCUCUCCAGUUCUUCCGAGGGAGCUCACAGGGUUGCAAUCUCACACCUUUCGUAACCAGAGAUCCCCGGGUAGCUCCAAUUUUGAAGGUACUUUUUAACUUUUAGGGGACUUGCAAUGGGUUGCAGCUCAGACGAAGAUACAGAUAUUAGUGAAUCUGAAAUGGAUGAGUAUGAAGGUAAAUCUUAUGAAGAAUUGAAGAAUGGAAAUCACAGCUUCAAAAACUCGGAUGAGACAUUUUCUUGCCCAUACUGCCCGAAGAAGAAAAAGCGGGUUUAUCAAUAUAAGGAACUUCUUCAGCAUGCUUCUGGGGUGGGAAAAAGUAGUUCAGAAAAGAGAAAUGCAAAAGAGAAGGCUAAUCACCUUGCUUUGGUGAAGUAUUUGGAAAAUGAUUUAGCGGGUCCAUCAAAACCUGCUGGCAAGAGUGAUCCUCCAAUUGACUGUGACCACGAUGAGAAAAUUGUUUGGCCUUGGACAGGAAUUGUUGUUAACAUUCCUACAAGACGAACAGAUGAGGGGCGAUAUGUAGGAGAAAGCGGAUCCAAGAUGAGAGACGAGUUGAAAAGUAGAGGGUUCAAUCCCAUAAGAGUCCACCCUCUCUGGAAUUUUCGGGGUCAUUCAGGAAGUGCUGUUGUGGAAUUCCACAAAGAUUGGCCUGGGUUACAUAAUGCUAUGUCAUUUGAGAGAGCUUAUGAGGCAGAUCAUCAUGGGAAAAAGGACUGGUAUGCGAAGAAUAGCCAAAAAUCGGGUCUCUAUGCUUGGGUUGCUCGUGCAGAUGACUACCAUUCAACCGAAAUUGUUGGGGACCACCUACGAAAGAUUGGAGAUGUUAGAACCAUUUCUGAAAUUAUGGAGGAAGAAGCCCGGAAACAGGAUAAACUUAUAUCUAAUCUGACAAGCACUAUUGAGCUGAAGAACAGGCACGUGAAAGAGAUGGAGGAAAGAUGUAGUCAGACUUCAGUCUCCCUUCGGAACUUAAUAGAAGAGAAAGAUAAGCUCCUUCAAGCUUAUAAUGAAGAUAUAAGAAAAAGACAAAUGAGUGCAAGGGAUCACUUUCAGAGGAUUUUUAAUGACCACGAAAAGAUUAAAUUGCAACUGGAAUCUCACAAAAAAGAACUUGAGGUGCGUGGGAUAGAAUUGGAAAAGCGUGAUGCACAUAACGAAAAUGAAAGCCGGAAGCUUGCUGAAGAAAUUGAAAAGAAUGCCAUUAGAAAUAGCUCCCUGCAAUUGGCCUCUCUGGAGCAGGAAAAGGCUGAUGUAAAUGUAUUGAAACUGGCUGAAGAUCAGAAGAGGCAAAAGGAAAAACUUCAUAACAGAAUAAUUCUACUGGAAAAGCAACUAGAUGCAAAACAAGCACUGGAGUUGGAAAUAGAGGGAUUGAGAGGGCAAUUAAAUGUCAUGAAGCACAUGGGAGAUGAUGAAGAUGUAGAAGUUCUGAUAAAGGUGGAGGCAAUACUUAAACAGUUGCGUGAAAAAGAAGGAGAACUUGAUCAUUUAGAAGCUCUGAACCAAGCACUAAUAGUGCAGGAGCGCAAGAGCAAUGUUGAGCUGCAAGACGCUCGAAAAGAAUUAAUUAGUGGCUUGAAUGAAAUAGCAGGUCGUGGUGAUAUUGGGGUUAAGAGAAUGGGAGAACUUGACAAUAAGCCAUUUCAUCAAGCAAUGAAGAGAAAGUAUAACGAGGAUGAAGCAGAUGAGAGAGCAUCAGAACUGUGCUCGUUAUGGGAAGAAUAUCUGAAAGACCCUGACUGGCAUCCUCUUAAAAUUACCAUGGUUGAAGGGAAACAUCAGAAUGUUAUAGAUGCUGAAGAUGAUAAGUUGAAAGGUCUGAGGAACGAAUUGGGUGAUGAAGUUUACCAGGCUGUGACUACAGCUUUAAUGGAGAUAAAUGAAUACAAUCCAAGUGGGCGGUAUAUAACAUCAGAAUUGUGGAACUACAGGGAGGGAAAAAGAGCUACACUCGAAGAAGGAGUCAUAUUUAUACUGAACCAAUGGAGAAUAGCUAAACGCAAAAGGGGAAUGAGUUAAAGGAAAUAGCAUAUCUGUCUCCAAAUGAAGCAAUGCAGUUGCUACCUUGGCAUUUGGAAAACACGCUACCAUGGAGAAUGAGCUGGCCCAUUUGCUUAUCGAUGGGACGCGAUUAAGGCAUUUUUUUUCCUUGUUAAAUUAUGGAAUUAUUUCUUGUAGGGGGAUUUUCUUUUAUCCAUGUAACAAAUUUGUUGAAAUAGAUUGUAUUCGUCCAUUCUGGCUAAUGCCUUGCAUUCCUAAGGUUCACGGAUGGAAACCUUGACAAUGUAGCCUGAGAUCUCGAACUUUGUUUUAAAAUAAAUUCUUUCCUUGAUUCUC